AUGAUCGCGCUUUCCGAUCCAUGCCGCGGCGAGCACCACAUCACUGCGCUGGCCUCCUCUCUCGAUGGUGCCCAUCACUGGUGGCUCACUGGCGUUUAUGGCCCGCAAGGAGAUGAUGACAAGAUUGCUUUCCUCGGUGACCUUAGUGAGGUUGGUGGCACGCCUCAAGAACACAACGCGGCGUCUCCAAAGCUGGAGCGCGAAGAAGAUUGGGGACGUGUCUCGACAGCUCCUUGCCUUGAUGCGGCGCAGGACUUUCAGCCCCUCUCCCCGGCCGAGGCCUGGCUGCGUAGGCGCCUCAAAGGGGCGUAUCUGGGGCUGGCGUCGCUCGAGCGCUCGAUCUCGCGCCAGCGUGUCAGACUCUCCUGGUUGCGGGACGGCGACGCGGGUCAGAAGUUCUUCAGGGUGCAUGCAGCGCACCGCAAGCAAAAGAACCGGAUCUUCGAGUUGCAGGUCGGAGACACAUCCGUCUCCGACCCGGCCGCUCUUGCUGAAGCUGCUUACCGUCACUUCUCCGGCAUCCUUGGAUCUGCGAAGCCGCGGCCUUUCUCCUUAGACCUCUCCGCGCUCCACGUUGGGCCAUUCGACCUCUCCAGCCUCGACGCACCUUUCUCCGAGGGCGAGAUUUGGGCUGCGAGGCUCAAUGAGGCGCUCCUCACCCUCCUUCCGAAGAAGCAAGAUGCGGCAUCUCUCUUCGACUAUCGCCCCAUUAGUCUCAUCCAUCUCAUUGCGAAGCUGUUCGCGAAGGCGCUCUCUCUUCGGUUGGCACCUCACCUGGGCAAGCUGGUCUCAACCAAUCAAAGCGCAUUCAUCGCCGGCCGAAGCAUCCACGACAACUUCCUCCUUGUUCAACAGACGGCUAGACUUCUUCAUAACCUCAAGAAGCCGCAGAUGCUCCUCAAGCUCGACAUCGCGAGGGCUUUCGACUCGGUGGCAUGGCCCUUUCUGCUGGACACGCUGAGGCACCUAGGCUUUGGGAACCGAUGGUGCGAAUGGAUCUCCAUCCUGCUAUCUACCGCAUCGACGUGUGUGCUUGUCAAUGGCAUCCCCGGGCCACCAAUUCUUCACGCGUGCGGGCUGCGGCAAGGGGACCCCAUUUCCCCAAUGCUCUUCGUCAUCGUUAUCGACGUGCUCAACUCGCUCCUUCAGCGAGCCGUCGAGCGCGGCCUCCUCCAGCGGCUGACCGCUCGGCACCUGCCAUCGAGCGUCUCCCUCUACGCUGACGACGUCGUCAUCUUCAGCCACCCCGACACCCACGACAUCCGUGCCAUUCGCCGCAUGUUGGACGUCUUCGGCAAGGCGUCCGGGCUCUGCACAAACCUCGCCAAGUGCUCGGCCUCCCCCAUACGUUGCGACGAGGGGCACAUUGCCACGAUCAUGGCUGAGAUGGCCUGCCCGAUUGCUUACUUCCCGGUGAAGUACCUUGGCCUCCCGCUCUCCCUCCGCAAGCCCUCGACAAUUGACCUCAUGCCGCUCGUCGACAAGCUCGAGAGGAAGCUCUCUACUUGGCUUGGAUCCAUGCUCUCCUUAGGGGAUCGCCUCGCGCUCUGUCGGCAUGUCCUCUGCGCCAUGCCCAUCCACAUCCUCGUCGCCAUUGCCGUCAACAAGUCCAUCCUUGCUCGAGUCAACCGGAUCAUUCGAGGCUUCCUUUGGGUUGGCCGCAAGGACGCAUGUGGAGGGCAAUGCCGAGUGAACUGGGAUCGGGUGUGUCGCCCCACCUUCCUCGGCGGCAUGGGGAUCCGCGACCUGCAGCGCGCUGGCGUCGCCCUGCGCACCCGAUGGCUCUGGCUCCAGCGUACCGAUACUUCGCGCCCCUGGAGUCAACUGCACCUCCCCCAUGAUCCUGCGGCCUCGCAGAUUUUCAGGGCCUCCACCACCUGGGAGGUGUGUGAUGGUCGCACCUGCAAGUUCUGGACUGACCCUUGGAUUGAUGGCAAGGCCAUCCCCGAGCUUGCCCCUCUCGUGUUCUCCCUGGUCUCCAGACGGCAUCGCCGUGAUCGAACGGUGGCCGAGGGCCUACCAGAGCGUGCCUGGGUGUGCGACAUUGCCGGCACGCUCGGCCCGGCCGCCCUGCUUCAAUAUGUCGACCUUUGGCGUAUGCUGCAAAAUGCUACCCUCUCGGCUGGGCCUGAUGUGCUGCGCUGGAAGUGGACGGAGUCCGGCGUCUACUCUACCAAAUCCUGCUACCUUGCGCUCUUUCAUGGAUCUACGACCGACGCGUCCUGGAAGCUCACCUGGAAGACUUGGGCCCCCUUACGCAUCAAGGUUUUCAUCUGGCUUGCCUUGCAGGACCGAUGCUGGACGGCCGACCGCCUUGCCCGGCGAGGACUGCCCCACAAUGACAGUUGUGUGCUGUGCGACCAGACCACCGAGGACAUGCACCACUUGUUCACCUCCAGCCCCUUCUCCCGCCAAAUCUGGCAUGAGGUCCUUUCUUGGUGCCGAUCGACUGCCACGAUCCCAAACCCCGACAGACCGUUCGCGGAUUGGUGGAUAGAUACUUGCACUUCAUCACCCAUAGCUCUCCGGAAGGGACUCAGCUCCAUCAUCGCUCUCACCGCAUGGGCCAUCUGGAAGCACCGGAAUGGAUGCGUGUUCGAUCAGCGACAACCCUCGGUCGCAACUCUACUACAAUCCAUUCGAGAAGACGCUCGCCUGUGGGCUAGUGCCGGCGCCAACGGCUUGGCGAACUUGAUACUUGAGAUAUAG